AUGUUAAAUGUUAUUGUUUUUCAAGAAAACUUAUUUUACUAUUUCUGUUUUGUAGCCAACCAACCUCUAGAUCAUUCUGGCCUGACACUUUAUGUCACCAAAGAAAAACAAAAAUAUUCGGCUGGAAUAUUCCUUCUUGAUUCAUAUUCAGGUGUUAUCCCUGCUAAUAAACCAGCUUAUAACAUAAAUAUGAGCUGUAAGGUUAACAUUUCAGGAAGCAUAUAUCCAUUUGCUUACCGAACACAUGCUCAUGGUUUAGGAGUUGUGAUAUCAGGUUAUAAAUUCAAUGGUACUUGGACACUGAUUGGCAAAGGAAAUCCGCAGUGGCCACAGGCUUUUUAUCCUGUUGAGAAAAUUGUAGAAAUCAAGAAAAAUGAUGUUUUGGUUGGCCGUUGUACUUAUAACUCUGUGGGACAUAAUAGAAAAACAGUUAUGGGCCCAAAACAUACAGAUGAAAUGUGUAACUUUUACAUGAUGUACUAUUCCGACAAUAGUAAAAAUAUCUCCAGCUACAUGGAGUGCAUAGAUAAUCAGGUAUCAAGGGUUUCGCAACAUAUUCCUGCAGAUUCAGCUAAGCCUUUGCCACCAAAUCCUUUGCUUGAAGCAAAAGCAUCAAUGACUAUUCACCAUCCUCACACUGGAUCAUCAAAUCCCAAUGUGAAGCAAGAAAUGAUUUAUGAUCCAAGUUGGCCUGAUAAAAAAGCAGUAACCUUAGGCUUUGUCAGUGGUAUAACUGUUGACCCCUCAGGCAAUGUGCAUAUAUUCCACAGGGGCCCAAGAAUCUGGAACAUUCAGUCAUUUAAUCGCAGCAAUAUUUUUCAGGAUCAAGAUAAACCAAUCACUGUUCCUACCAUUGUUGUAUUUGAUAGAAAAGGAAAAUUUGUGAAACAAUGGGGUGCUAAUAUGUUCUUUAUGCCACAUGGAAUCACUGCUGAUCAUAAUGGCUCUAUCUGGAUCACAGAUGUUGCUCUGCAUCAGGUAUUUCGCUUUCCAUCUGGAGAAACUAAACCUGAUUUGGAAUUGGGUGAAAGAUUUCGCCCUGGAAAUGACAACCAGCAUUUUUGCAAACCUGCAGAUGUUGCAGUUAUGAGUGAUGGUCAGUUCUUUGUUGCUGAUGGUUAUUGCAAUACUCGUAUACUCAAAUUUUCCAAAGAUGGCACAUUCCUAAAGAAGUGGGGUUACAGCAAUGGAGCAGUUGGGGCUGAUGGUUUCCCUGGCCCUGGUGUAUUUUUUGUUGUGCAUAGUGUCACAGUUGCUGAGGAUAAAGGACUUGUUUGUGCCAGUGACAGAGAAAAUGGACGCAUACAAUGUUUUGAUGUAAAUGGAAAUUUCAGACAGCAAAUUCAUCUUAAAGAGUUUGGUUAUGAAUUGUAUGCACUUGAUUACUGUCCUCAACAUGGUGGAUUACUAUUUGCUGUCAAUGGACCUCAAAACCAAACAAGCAAGCCAUGUAAAGUUUUCAUUAUUAACAUUCACUCUGGAAAUCUUAUUUCUUCUUGGCUUUGUCCUACGGGCAUGGAUUUCCCACAUGACAUCAGUGUAGACAGUGUCAGCCACUCAGCAUAUAUUGGUGAUUUGCUUGCGCGUACUGCCUGGAAACUACAGAUGGUAUCAGUAAAUUUAACAGGCACAUUCUCCAAAAAGAACCAUAUUGGUCAGCCAAGUGUUGGGCAGUCUAACUCACAGCUUGAAGAAAAUCCAAACAAAGCAGACUUUCAAGUGUCAGUUCUUAUUGGAAGCCUUUUAAUUGCUCCAAUGUUCCUUAUCAUCAUAAUCACAGUAUUUGUACGUUACUGUAAUUCUGCCAAGCUUAAAUGUUGUGAUCAUCGAGGAGGUAGCUUGAUUGGUCGGCAACACAAAUCAUUCUUUGGCAAUUUCCUCACAGAUCGACAUAAGGGAUUUAAUCCUGUUAAUACGGAGGAUAGUGACCACGAAAUUGAUCCUUUGACCCUUUCAGAUGAUGAAGAGGAUUACUACAGAAUUCCUACUAAGUCUCGGACCUAA